AAAAAAGAAUAAUAAAAGGAGAAAAAAAAAACUUCGUUUUCUUCAAACUGGUGAAAGAUUUCUAAGUUUUUAAAAAAUUCAACGCAGAACGAAACUUCCUCGCUGGUGCUCUUCUACUAACAUCUGAGAUCUAAUGGAUUCUACACUUCCAAAUCACAAAACCACGUCCAUGAAUUAAUCACUCCAUCUCUUCAGAAAUCACCACUUGACUUCUCCUUUCUCUUCACCAGAUCACAACAACAACAACAACAAGAAGUAGAUACUAGAAACCCUCAAAGUUGGUUUCUGCAACUUCUUUCAAGGCUUCUUCUUCUCUGUCUUACCCUUUGUUGACUGCAAGGUUGCAGCAGAACGGCACGCUGUUUGUUUAACCUUGCUUCAUGUUUUGGUAGCAGCACGAGAGGGUAUGAGUCAUUGUGAAGUCCCACCUCUUAUUGAAGCACAAGUUGAAAUGGGUUCAGCUAAUGAAGUUGAGCAAAAAAGCUUGUUUAAACAAGAAGAAGAUGCCAAGCAAAUUAAAGAAGCUUCUUUGAUGGAGCAAGGAUCACUUUCUCCAACUUUCCCUCAGCACACAACCAAAUCACCAAAGAACAGCGUGCUUAAGAGCAUCAAGAUCGUUAUUCUAUCUAAUAAACUCAACCUAUUGUUACCUUUCGGUCCUCUAGCAAUAUUGGUCCACUACAUGAUAGAUAGUAAGGGGUGGGUGUUUUUGCUGAGCUUAAUAGGUAUUACACCAUUGGCUGAGCGUCUAGGAUAUGCCACAGAGCAACUAGCUUUUUACACAGGCCCCACUGUUGGAGGCCUUCUAAAUGCUACAUUCGGGAACGUGACAGAACUUAUCAUUUCGAUUUUCGCUUUGAAAAAUGGAAUGAUACGAGUUGUUCAGCUGACUUUGCUAGGAUCGAUUCUGUCUAACAUGUUGCUUGUACUUGGCUGCGCUUUCUUCUGCGGUGGGCUAGUGUUUUACCAGAAAGACCAAGUCUUUGACAAAGGAUUUGCGGUUGUUAAUUCAGGAUUGCUUUUGAUGGCUGUGAUGGGGAUACUCUUCCCGGCUGUUCUUCACUACACGCAUAGUGAGGUUCAUGCUGGAUCAUCAGAGCUGGCAUUGUCAAGGUUUAGCAGUUGCAUAAUGCUUAUAGCCUAUGCUGCUUACCUUUUCUUCCAGUUGAAGAGCCAGUCUAAUUCUUAUAGCCCUCUUGAAGAGGAAACAAAUCAGAACGAAGAAACUUCUGAAGAUGAAGAUCCUGAGAUCUCUAAAUGGGAAUCUAUCAUAUGGCUCUCAAUCUUGACUGCUUGGGUCUCUCUUCUCUCUGGCUAUCUCGUUGAUGCCAUAGAGGGUGCAUCGGUCUCUUGGAACAUACCAAUAGCUUUCAUCAGUGUCAUUUUGCUUCCUAUUGUUGGGAACGCAGCGGAGCAUGCAGGGGCUAUCAUGUUUGCCAUGAAAGAUAAACUGGAUCUGUCAUUGGGAGUGGCUAUUGGUUCCUCUAUCCAGAUCUCCAUGUUCGCUGUGAGUAACAUGAAUACAUUGCAAGAGCAGUAUUUAUAUCAUCUCUGGCCAACAAAGCUUGUUGGGUAAUCU